CACCUCAUGGCAGCCCUGCGCUGGAUCUUCUGACUGUGUGUUAAACAACUGAGAAUAACUUGGCUGCUGUGUGGAGGAGUGAACCAGGAGGACACACUGUUUUAUAUUUAGACAAGCAGAGAGACGGUGACAGGGUUUCAUACUGUGGACAGCUGAUUGUGUCCUGCAGGAGGCCAAGAAACAACCUCCAAACCGGACGGAAAAGGAGAACACCUUAACUUCUGGAUGCGUUUCCCUCUCCUCCCCCUCCUCUCCCUACACUUCCUCCUCUGUCUCUCCUGGAUCUGGUCGGAUCCAGUCGGGCUUCUUGGUGCGAGAUAAUCGGCAGCUGAUGUGAGUUAAUGAGGCGGAGAUGCGGGGGGACAAACUCAGACGCGCUGCGCUCCAGCGAGGACAGGUGCGCAAAGAGUGAGCGAGAGGAGAAGACGGGGCAGAGGGCAGAGGAGAGGUGGACAGAGACCGGAGACAAAGCAGAAACACCCCCCAGGUUCGCGCUAUGGACACCGGGCAGAGCGCGCAGGUCGCCGACAUGGCAGGGGAGCACUCCGCCGGGGUGUGCCUCCUGGAGCGGGACCGGGAGAGAGGCGAGGUGGCCAGCCCGAGCCCCCCGGCCAAGCAGCGCUCCCUGCGGGCGGUGUAUGUGCUGAACGAUGGGCUGAAGGCGGUGAUGGCCAGCAGCCCGGAGUCCGGAGCGCUGCAGUGUCUGCAGAGAGCCUGCGACUCCGAGAGCGCGCUGCUCACCACCGUCACCUUCGGACGGCUGGACUUCGGAGAAACGUCGGUGCUGGACAGUUUCUACGAUGCAGACAUCGCGGUCGUCGACAUGAGUGAUGUGUUCCGGCAGCCAUCCUUGUUUUACCACCUGGGCGUGAGGGAGAGCUUCGACAUGGCCAACAACGUCAUCCUGUACCACGACACUGACCCUGACACUGCCCAGUCACUGAAGGACAUGGUGGCGCAGAAAAACACAGCCUCCAGUGGUAACUACUACUUCAUCCCCUACAUCGUGACUCCGAACCAUGAGUACAUGUGCUGUGAGAGCGACGCCCAGCGCAGGGCCAGCGAGUACAUGCAGCCCAGCUGGGACAACCUGCUGGGGCCGCUGUGCGUCCCCCUGACGGACCGCUUCACCAGCCUGCUGAAGGACAUCCACGUCACGUCCUGCGCUUCCUUUAAGGACACCCUGCUGAAUGACAUCCGGAAGGCCCGAGAGAAGUACCAGGGAGAGGAGUUGGCCAAGGAGCUUUCCCGAAUCAAACUUCGGAUCGACAACACAGAGGUCCUCACCCAGGACAUCGUCAUGAACCUGCUGUUUUCUUACAGAGACAUACAGGACUACGACGCCAUGGUGAAGCUGGUGCAGACUCUGGAGAUGCUGCCUACAUGCGAUCUGGCAACUCAGCCCAUGAUCCAGUUCCACUACGCCUUCGCCCUCAACAGGAGGAACAGUCCCGGCGACAGAGAGCAGGCUCUCAGAGUGAUGCUGCAGGUGUUGCAGUCGUGUGAACAUCCGGCUCCGGACAUGUUCUGCCUCUGCGGGCGGAUAUACAAGGACAUCUUCCUGGACUCGGACUGCAAAGACACCAAGAACAGGGACAACGCUCUACAGUGGUACAGAAAGGGAUUCGAGCUGCAGCCGACUCUCUACUCCGGCAUCAACCUGGCCGUCCUCCUGAUGGUCGCCGGCCAGCAGUUUGAGAGCUCCAUGGAACUGAGGAAAAUAGGUGUGAGGUUGAACAGUCUGCUGGGACGCAAAGGUUCCCUGGAGAAAAUGAAUAACUACUGGGACGUGGGCCAGUUCUUCACCGUUAGCAUGCUCGCUAACGACAUCCCCAAAGCUACUCAGGCUGCCGAGAAGCUCUUCAAACUUAAGCCACCUCUCUGGUAUUUGCGGUCGGUGGUGCAGAACCUGCAGCUGAUCCAGAGGUUUAAGAAGCAGGCGGUGGAACAUUCUCCCCAACGAGAGAGGCUCAACUUCUGGAUGGACAUCAUCGUGGAGGCCACGCAGGGCACGACCAACCGGCUGAGAUUUCCCGUGUUGAUUCUGGAGCCGACUAAGAUUUACCAGCCCUCCUACGUGUCCAUUAACAACGAGGCUGAAGAGAAGAACGUCUCCAUCUGGCACGUUUCUCCUGCAGAGACGAAAGGGAUCCACGAGUGGAACUUCACUGCGAUGUCCAUCAAAGGCAUCAGUAUCAGUAAGUUCGACGAGCGCUGCUGCUUCCUCUACGUCCACGACAACUCCGACGACUUCCAGAUCUACUUCUCCACGGAGGAACAGUGCGGUCGGUUCUGCUCCAUGGUGAAAGAGAUGAUAUCUGAUGGGACGGGGAACGCAGUGGAGCUGGAGGGGGAGGGAGACGGAGAUACACUGGAGUAUGAGUAUGACACCAACGAGACAGGCGACAGGGUGGUGUUGGGGCGGGGCACGUACGGAGUGGUGUACGCUGGGAGAGACCUGAGCAACCAGGUCCGAAUCGCCAUCAAAGAAAUCCCAGAGAGGGACAGCAGGUACUCCCAGCCCCUCCAUGAGGAGAUCGCCCUUCACAAGUACCUGAAGCAUAGAAACAUUGUUCAGUACCUGGGCUCCGUUUCUGAGAACGGAUACAUCAAGAUCUUCAUGGAACAAGUGCCUGGAGGAAGCCUGUCCGCAUUGCUGCGGUCUAAAUGGGGUCCGCUGAAGGAGGCGACCAUCAUCUUCUACACCAGACAGAUCCUGGAGGGGCUCCGGUACCUGCACGAGAACCAGAUUGUCCACCGAGAUAUCAAGGGAGAUAAUGUGUUGGUGAACACUUACAGUGGCGUCUUGAAGAUCUCAGACUUUGGGACCUCCAAGAGGUUGGCGGGAGUCAACCCCUGUACGGAGACGUUCACCGGCACUCUUCAGUACAUGGCGCCAGAAAUCAUUGAUAAGGGCCCUCGAGGGUACGGGGCCCCGGCUGACAUCUGGUCCCUGGGAUGCACCAUUAUAGAAAUGGCCACCGGGAAACCCCCCUUUCAUGAGCUGGGGGAGCCACAGGCGGCCAUGUUUAAGGUGGGCAUGUUUAAGAUCCACCCGGAGAUCCCCGAGUCCUUGUCCCUGGAGGCCAAGUCGUUCAUCCUGCGCUGCUUUGAGCCGGACCCUCACAAGAGAGCCAUCGCCUCGGACCUCCUCAGAGACACUUUUGUCAGGCACAACACUAAGGGCAAGAAGAGCAAGAUCGCCUUCAAACCAUCAGACUACAUCCACAACGUUUCCCUGCCGGUGCAGCUGCAGUGCGAGGCCACCGGGAGCAGCAGCAGCGAACACGGUUCUGUGAGCCCCGACUGCGACUCCAAGCACGACGUUUUCUUCCAGAAGAAGAAGAACUCUGGCUCCGAGAACCUCCUCAAACCCCCCAACUCCAACUACCUGAGUGUUCCAGAUGAGGGUUCGGUUUCGGAGGACCGCAGCGCCCCCCCCUCCCCCGAGGACAGGGACAGCGGUCUGUUCCUGCUGAAGAAGGACAGCGAGAGACGGGCCAUCCUGUUCAAAGUCCUCAACGACGACCAGGCGAAGGUCAUCUCCAACCUGAGGGAGAACUGCAUCCAGGGCAGUGAGGAGCUCCAGCUGUCCGCCGAACACAUCAAGCAGAUCAUCUGCAUCCUCCGAGACUUCAUCCAUUCCCCUGAGCGGCGCGUCAUGGCGGCCACCAUCUCCAAGCUCAAGCUGGACCUGGACUUCGACUCCACCUCCAUCAACCAGAUACAGCUGGUGCUCUUCGGCUUCCAGGACUCGGUGAACAAAGUCCUGAGGAAUCAUCACAUCAAACCUCACUGGAUGUUUGCGAUGGAUAACAUCAUCCGCCGAGCCGUUCAGGCCGCCAUCACCAUCCUCAUCCCAGAGCUGCAGACCCACUUCGGCCCGGCGUCAGAGUGCGAGGGAGCAGAGAAGGAAGAUGAGGUGGACGAGGAGGAAGUGGAGUUCGGUCCCGUUUUAGCUCCACAGGCUGACGACUCCGGGGUGACGGCUGACCCGGUCCAGUCUGCGGUCAGCCCGCUACACUGCGCCCAGUCGCAGGAGCAUCAGCGCUCGCAUCAUCAGCUGGGCGCACAGCUGGGGCGGCUCAAACAGGAGACCAGCAGGCUGCUGGAGGACCUGCUGCAGAAGGAGAAGGAGUACCAGCAGGUCCUGAAGGCCACACUGCAGCAGAGAACACACGACCUGGAGCUGGUCAAAGUCCGGCACAGACCACCAGACGUUUCACCUCCUUCCAUCUUUCGCAUCCCUGCGGACCACGAGCCAGACAAGCAGCUCACCGAUUGGCUGAAAGAGCAGGGGGCAGACGCCGACACCGUAGAUAAGUUUGUGCUGGAGGAAUACACACUGACCGACAUCCUCAAUGACGUCACCAAAGACGACCUCCGCUGUCUACGUCUACGGGGUGGAGUCCUCUGCCGUAUCUGGCGGGCCAUCCAGCGGCACCGAGAGCGAGAGAGGCAGAGGAGGAACGAACGCUCCGAGGACGAAGGAUGACGGGAGGAAAACACUACCAGCCCUUGCAUGGCCACUUCUUCUCUUUCUCCCUCUCUCUCUCUUUCCACCGUGCCUUUUCAUGUCGUAGUCUCUGUACGUACAGGACCGACCGAAUCUCCGUACAAGUGUCACACGUGACCAAAGCGCCUUAGUGCAGGCACUACUGUAUGUAUCUGUAUGUGCAUUUAAAUGUGUAUGUGUGACACAACGUGCUCGUGCUCGAGGAUUUUGAAAGGAACACGGACGCAGUUUUUUUUUUCAGUUUUACUCCACCAAGAGACACAUAAAAUUAAUAAUUUUGGAUCAAAAUGCUGUAUAAACUCCUUAAACUGCUCCUGUUGCAUAAUCUGUUCAGUGCUGUCCAUUUGAAUUCUCAUAAUUUUGUCAACAUGUGGUUGCAUCUUCUCAUCAAUCAUGACUUUGAGCCCUCGUCUUGUUCUGCCGUUGUUCAGAACUUCGGUUGGGUAUUUGAACGGAUACCAGUAAAGGUGCUUUAAAUUCACUACCCAUACCCAGGUUUCUUUCAAAAACUACUUUACUUAUGACAAAAAUAUCAUUUCAGAUGUCAAAAAUAAGUCACCAAAUAUAACCAGCAUCGCUUUAACAGAAGAGGCCAUUUCAAGGAAAAGUGCAUUUUACUCAACCUGCAUAACUGGACUGAAGUGUCGACAGUGUUGGAACAUCAGCACAGUAUCGGAUUGCUUAAAAAAAUAUGAAUAUAAUAUAAAUCUGUCUGAAGAAGCAUGAACAACAAACUGUAGAGGGGCAGCAAUACGUGGUGCUGCUUGAUAAGAAAAAGAAACAUGGGUAUUAUCUGUUAUAUCACAUGAAGUAAUAAUUACCCUUAAAUAGUAUUAAAUUCACAUACUAUUGGUUUCAUAACAAGGUUUUGGACCUCACAUAUUGUUUUAGCAUAUCAAAGAGCACAUCGGUUAGGAAUUUUAGAUGAUGUUUCGUCUAACGUUGUUAAAAAUGAAUCCGAAGAAAGUGAAAAACGCCCAGUUUUUUUCCGACAAUAGCUAAAUUAUUACAUAAAGACGCUGGUGCCUCAAUAUUGAGAGAUGUGCUGUCACAUACCAAACUUCAGCAGCAAUCGAAUCAACGUGAAUCAGUUCUUGGGAAUACCAGUGUUAAUCAGACCGUAGGCUCAAAAGUCUGAGAGUUCGAGACCCAAACCGAGUCAGAACUGCUCCACCUGAUGUUCAGACGGACAGCAGAGAGUUGAUUGUGCUGCAGGAGUUUCUGUGAAUGUUUUUACAUCGUACCCAAGAAAAGCCACCUUAAACUCUCCAUCUGUAAUGUAACGUUUUAUUAGUCAUAUGAAUCGUCCGUCGUCCAAAACAACUCGUGUGUACUCCAAGAUCUCCAGACCGACCACACUGAGAUGAUUUAUUGAAAUCCCGACUGCCGACACGUCACUGCUUUAUACAUUUGUACGCAUGUAACUUAUUAAGAUUUCCUUGAUAUUCCUACUGAAGUUACUUUCCUCCUCUGCGUGUACCUGUAUUUAAAUGUUUUUGUUUUUUUUUUAUUCCAACUGUUAUGUACGUGCCUGUCUACUUAAGAAUUGCUUUACAACUGCAAUAAAACUGGAAAUAAUGAA